AGCUGGGAUUGAAAGCCACUUGUAACAACCAACAACAACAGGCACAGUCGCGAAAAAGGCAGAGGAGGAGAUAAGAAAAACGAGAAGAAAAAUCGAUGGAUGUUUGGCCGGAGGCGGACAAAAUCUGUACCCGGAAAUUUGGAAGAGGGCCAAAUGGGACCUUUUUCCUGCUGGACGAAUUGAAAGAUGGGAGCCAAAAAAAAAAAGGAAAGAAAAAGAGAACACAAGGAAGACGACGAACAAUUGAGGAACCCGUGUCUAUUAUUGCGCGAGGCCGGCCUUCUAUCCCAUCGCUGUGAGUUGUGUCCGAUCUACGCAAAGAGGUACAUGGUUUUGGAUUCUCGGUUGAUUUUUCCUGUUUCCUUUUAUCUCCAAGCUUGUGGAUGUGAAUAUCCAUCCAUCUUCUUCCGAGCAACAGUUAAUUCGCUCGGACGGACUUCCUGGAGCUAGAAUUUCGGUAGCUCGCUCGAAUUGAAUACGAUCAAAGGAAAAAUUGGUUUUUUUUUUCAGGAAAAUUUUCUAUCUGUGACUCAGAGUUUUCUCCCUCCUUUCCGGGAGAGAAUUCAUGAUGGGGGACAAAUGGAGCGGCGGGGUGACCCGAAUUGUGGACGCCCCGGCCGCCAAGUUGUGGGAGCUAGCCUCGGAUUUUUGCGGGCUGUGCAAGUGGAUGCCCCUGAUCGAGGAGUGCCGGCGCAUCCAAGGCGAUGGCGACCGAGCUCCCGGCUGCGUGAGGCUCGUCGUAGGGACCUCCCUCCCGCGCGAUGACGGCCAAAAGUCCUGGAUCACGGAGAAGCUUGUGGCUAUGGAUCCCAGCGCUCGCUCGUUCACGUAUGUUCUCGAGGAUGGCAACAUCGAUCCACUGUCGAGCGGCUACAGUUCCACUUUCACGGUGUCGGCGAGCGAGCAGGACUCGGCAAAGUCGAGGGUGGAGUGGAGGUUUGAGAUCUCGCGCUGCGAGACGAAGAACUCACGCGAAAUUAUCGAGUUUAUGGAGGCUGUUUUCGCCAAGAACAUCGCCUCCCUUGUUCUUGCCGCGUCAGAGUUGCAAGAGAGCUAAAGUAAGAAGAAUAUAAUCAAUCAACUCUCUCUCUCUCUCUUUCUAAGCGAGCGAAAUCACAAAAAGAAUGGGUUGAAAUCGUGUUUCGUUCAAAGGGGAAAGCUGGAAGAACGAGUAAAGUACUCCAAAGGAUAUAUAUACAGCAGUACUGUGAAGGCAA